AUGGAUGACGAUGAUGCCGAGUACAUGCAAGGCAGCGAUGACGAGGACUAUGGCUUCGACUAUUCCGAUGACGAUGCAGGCGAUGAAGCCGGAAGCGCCGAUGUCGAGAACAUGUACUAUACGGCCAAGUCGAAGAAGGACGAUAAUCCGGAACAAGCCUUAAAGGAAUUCCGUGCUAUAGUAGAUCAGGAAGAGGAGAAGGGGGACUGGGGAUUCAAAGCGUUGAAGCAAUCAACAAAGCUUCUCUUCCUGACACUACACAGACCAAACGAUGCACUCAAUACCUAUCGACAGCUGCUCACGUACACGAAGUCCGCUGUCACACGAAACUACGCCGAGAAAACCAUCAAUGGUAUCCUGGACUACGUCGGUGGCGGUAAGGGAGGACCAGUGGGUGAUGAGGUAUUAGAAAAGUUCUAUCAAGCCACGAAGACUGCGCUGUUGGAGGCGAGGAAUGAGAGGCUCAACGCGAAGACGAAUCUCAAGCUCGCGAAGCUUUGGCUUGAUCGCAAGCAGUACGGUCGCCUAGCGCAGGUCCUCAAAGAGUUGCAUAAAACAACUCCCAACGGUGAUGGGGAAGAUAUGGCACAGAAAGGUACUCAAUUGCUUGAGAUCUACGCGCUCGAGAUCCAGAUGCACAAUGAGACGAAGAACUUCAAGAAAUUAAAGGAAAUCUACAAUGCAUCGAACUCUGUCCGCUCCGCCAUUCCUCACCCGCGUAUCAUGGGGGUCAUCAAAGAAUGCGGCGGCAAGAUGUGGAUGGGUGAACGCCAAUGGAACCGUGCGAGCGAAGACUUCUUUGAAUCAUUCAAGAACUACGAUGAAGCCGGGUCCCCGCAGCGCAUCCAAGUGCUCAAGUAUCUCGUCCUCGCGAACAUGCUCACGGGAAGUGAGGUGAAUCCGUUUGACAGCCAAGAAACGAAGCCAUACAAGAACGAUCCACAGAUCAAGGCGAUGACAGACCUCGUUGAUGCGUAUCAACGGCGAGAAGUGCAUGCCGCUGAGAAGAUUCUGCACGACAAUGAGUCAACAAUCAUGGGCGAUCCCUUCAUCAAGGCGUACAUCGGUGAAUUGCUACGCAGCUUGCGCACACAGUACCUCAUCGACCUGAUCAAACCGUACACCCGUCUCGAGCUCUCUUUCCUCGCGAAGCAACUCAACGUUGACAAAGACGAAGUCGAGGAUCUCCUCAUUGGGCUUAUCCUCGAGGGCAAGGUAGAAGGAAAGAUUGAUCAAGUCGCGAUGCGGCUUGAGCUCGAGAAUAAACAGAGUCUCGAGAAGAAACGAUAUGCAGCACUCGACAAGUGGACAACCGCGCUCGAGUCGGUACACACGUCUGUGGUCGCCAAGAACCAGAGCGGAAACAAGGGAACGGACUUUGGCAUGGGUGCAGAUCCGUUCGGAUCCAGUAUUCGAGAGCUGGAAGGGAGGUGGUAA